GGUUCUUGCCGGGGAUGAUGACGAGCAUGUUGUCUAUGUUGCUUUAGUUGUACUUACUCGACGUAGCUCUUAAGUACCAAAAACAAUGUUGAGAGCCAAGUGCUGGUGGAACUACGAGGUCAGGAUGGUCCCACGACAACGCACAAGAGAUGCAUACUUGGUCUUUCUCUUCCUCGCCUCGCGGCUGCUUGGCUCGGAUGCCUCACUCUUUUAAGACUCCAGACCUGCUUGAAAAGUUUAUUCCCCCUCAGAGAAGUCGCGUGAACGAGAAGAUCAUGAUAGAGUGACGUUAUUUAUGUCUAAGUGAUCACGAACAACUAGGGUUUACAACAACUUUACUAUAAUAGUCUAAGUACGCCAAACAGUCGUGAUGUUUUUCCACUCUAACCCUUGGCACAGAGCAAGCUCGAAAUGUGUGAGCGGAGUGGCGGCGGCUCGUCCUCCUCUGGCGAAGCAGGCAAACCAGAGUUAGACUGUGCUGAGAAUUAUGGGCACGACUUUAGAAAUGAAGAAAGGUCUCUCUGUUUCUCGGUGUAUUCGAAGUUGCCCAUAAGAACUGAUAGCAGGAAUGCAAUAAUAGUUUGAAUAACGCUUAAAAGUGUUCUAAACCAAGGUGACCCUGCUGCUUUCAAUCGAGCAGGCGCAGCUCUCUGACGCUGAAGCUAUAGAAGUGUCAGUCGAAAACGAAGAGAAAAAGUUGGCAGAACCGUUGAAGAUAACGUGGUCCAAAACUCGGUCACGAUGGAAGUACCCCCUUCGCUACAUGGAGCAGAUACCGGCGAAAAUGCAAGAACACUUCUUAUGUCAUAAUGUGAUAUGAAGGAGUAGAACGGGUCGUUUUCUUGGUUCCUUACUACAGAUCGUAUUUGGAAUAUCCAUUCAACUACUUACCUUGUAGUUUCAUGAUAUUACUUCUUAUAUAAUGAUGGUCCCUUCCUCUUCUAAAAAUCGGAACAUCAGCGUCUUGUACAGACGACGUGGGCGGCGCAGGAGCAACGUGUGGGAUCUGCCGGGAUGCAAUGGGCAACUACAUGAAGUAUAGUUAUGCAUGGAAGAGCGAUGGUGUAAGACGAGGACGAGCCGCGGCGAGUUCAGUUUAUUUUACAGUGUAGUUGAUGACUCUGGACAGCAAGGCGUAGACCCCUCCAUCUCCAUACCGCCUCGUUAUAGACAGCAAAUUUAGUCGCCAUUUGAGUUUUCGUUCCCUUCUAAUCAAACGAAGGCUUCUGUUGCAUGUGCUCGCCUGGAGCGUUAAUCGAAGGUACGAGAAACCGUGGAAGCAUAGAUUGCGGCGACAUCAUCGAAACUUUGAGCCGGAGCUACCAUUGUAUCAAACCGGACCGGUUGUGGUACUUCUUAGUGGUCGUGAUCUACAUGAUCGAUGAGUAGAAGUUGCUGUAGUCGUACUGAUUUUCUUGAUCACUAUUAUUAUCGCAUUCCAAAGGCUGACACGUUGAUGAAGAGUGUACUUAGUUGCUUGUAGUCUUCGCUGAUAGCUGCUCUUGCAGUGUCUUAUUCAUCAUUAUUACAAAAAACUCGAUUUCCAAGUCCAACUACAUCAUCAGGUAUGCCGCGUUCGAGGUCGAAACGCCAAUAAUGUUGUAUGAAAUCCAAGUACAAGUCAAGCAUGAAAACCGGUUUCACAAUCUCACCAUCAGCCACACGGCUCCAGUCGCGAGCAAUAGCUACGUCAUGGCGGAACUUACAGGUUUUAUAACAACUUUGUCUUGUUUCUUUUUGUCGCUGCACGACUGACACUCACUCGAGGAGUAUCAAGAUCAGAAAUUGAAUCCACCCCUUCCACACCCGCAUCCGUGAUCAAGCAAACACAUCACACACCAGGUGAUCUCGCUCAGGCCACACCGCCGAACUCGUUUCAACAACAGUACCUGGUGGUACCAGAUCGGUACUAUGAUGCUAAUGGCAAGCUCGUUGUGCACGAUCGAAUCUUACGAUAUCCACAUCACUUGAAAUACGCGAUGCUUCUGGACAAGAGCUUCUUCGACUUGAGUGGAGAUACAUGCGAUAAGAUUGGUGUGGGAUGGACGGCUUUCAAGUACCAACCACACGGAUGCGAAAGGUACUUUUUGCAUGCCCGCUACAAAAUUGGUAUGGAUAUUUUUUAUCUGCAACUCGUCCAGAUGAAGAAAGACCUCCAAGUCCAAUCAUUCGUAGUACUUACUUGUCUCCUUCGUUCUCUAGGACCGUCGGCGACUGCGUUCGCAAUCAAAUCGAAAACUUUCAUCAAGAAGACACUUUGCGCGAAGGGAACCCUCUUUACUUCGUCUCUCGGUUUUGCGAUGGCUUACUUGAGGGAACGCAAAUCGUCGAUUUGAAUGGUUAUAUUACGGAUGAGUUUUUUGUAUGUCCUAUGGACGAAACCAGGCAAACAACGAUGGUCAGGCUGGAGCUGAAAGCCGAUGAUCUGCGAUUCGUCUCGAACAUAGGGAAGGCCGUGAUAGUGACUGUGGAGGUGGAAGAUUUCGAGGUACCUCUGAAGAUAAUGAGUGCUUUUUACUUACUCUUUUUUUAAAAAUGAAGAUGGCAUGUCCAAGUGGUUCUAGUACAAGAGCUGUUCAAAACAUAUUGAAUGAGCACGAUGUCGGAGAUUGAGAAACUAAUUCAUUGUUCAACAGCACUCAAACUACUAAGUAAUUCUAAUUCAUUCAACACACAAACUAAUACAUCCUACGAAUCAUCCCCAUACAACAGGCCUUUUCCGGAGCGGGGGUCCUGAAAGCUGUGUUAAAGUCUGAAUCAGAUUUCGCUGCUCAAUUUUCACUCGGAAUCCAAUGCUCCCAAGGCGUAACUCCUGCGCCUGUGCCAUCUCUAUUCCUCCAGCCUCUAGAGGCUGCUCGCGAAGUGGAAAUCCAGGUCAUGGCCAACUCAAAGGACCAACUCGAAGGCGAAUGUACGCUGAACUUGCUGGACAAAAAAGCUAGGUUGUUGUUAUGGCGGAACGCACAAGGAUAAGCACAAGGAAGUAGUUAGUAGAAGAAGAGUAUGCACCAGGAGGUAAGACUUUAUAACUGAUUGCGCCCUGAAUUCCGCCUGCUCACUUUCGGAUACUAGAUAUCUUGAUCGCUUUCACUCAAUUUUGCGUAGUUGUAGUAAUUUCGUCUCUUCUUUCUCAAACAUCCUGUUUUACAACUCUAACCCUCGACACCAAAGUAGCUUCCUUUACAGUCUUGCGCACUAUCGAGAAGUCUUCCCUUGGGCAACGGCGUGGCGACGUCAACGCUGAGUACAUGGACGCAAAAACCUACGCCGACGCCUCCUGCUCUGACGUGUGCGGCUUUUUUUAAGGGUAGUUUUUCAUUAUCCCAUGUGGACUAUGCUGAGUGGGCUCCUUCUGGCUUUGGAGGGGAAACUGAAGGGCAAAGAGGGCAACCCACUCGAGUCGGGAUAGUGAAAAACUACCGCUAAUUUUUCGAGUUUGGAUGUCAUCUGACCUACUUUGGAACUUGUUGGUGGAACUUUUUGCUUGCUCUUUUAGUCUGCCUCCUGUUCGCGGUUAUCGGAUACGGGCUCGUAACAGGUAGAUGGAGUGGGGUGCUAGGACGGCUUUUCGGGGCGGGCAGAAGAGGAAACGAGAAAACGAAAGAAUCAGGUUCUAGUGGGUUUGCCCCCUCUGCUUCUGGUGGAGGAGAUGUAAGCAGUUUCUUCCUAAAAAUGCAGGAAAUGCAACAACAAAACUUAAGGCUCAGCUUUCAAUGGUCACCAUUUAGAUUGGAGUCACUGAGAUCGAAGAAGCGACCUCCCCUUGAGAGUAGAACAGGGGAAAAGCAAGGGAAAGGGGAGAGCCUUGAGGGGGGUCUCCUCCGUUCAGCAUCAGUGGCCAUUGAGUGCUAAGCUUUAAAAAGCGCUCUGCUGCAAAUGCAACUCGCUCAGCAAGCAGCUACUAUUACAACUACAACUCAGGGACAAGUGCAGAAUUUAGAAAAAAGGAAUUCAAUAAGUGGUGGCGGCGCAGAUGGAGGCACAACUGUUGGACCUGGAGGUGCAGCUGGAGAAAAUUCAGGUCUACAGCUUGGAGGAGGUCCUUUUGCUGUGACAAGAAUAUCUUCUCACGUCAAGCAACUGCCUACAAGUGUGGGAAUAGAUAGUCGACGAACAACCGCCACCAGCGAACUUCCUCAGCAUCACCCUAGUCCCAGCAUCCUAGCAACAAUACAAGAAGUCGGCGCGCCACCUCCGCAGCUAGCGAACAUCGCUCGCCCACCAAUUUCUUGGUCCUCCGAGCAACAGGAUCAACAACAGCAGAUUAUAGAAGUACCACUUCCUCAAGAUUAUGAUGAACGACAGCAUGAUCAACAACACAAUUACACAGAAGCAGGCGAUUAUCAGCAACAAAUAACUACUGCUAAUAGUACUAGCUACCAGCUGCAGUCCUCGUAUGCCUUCAGUUCACCUGGAGGUGGUGUUGGAGGUGGCGUUUACGGCGGUUCAGCACCAUCCUCUAUUCCACCUCCUGGUCAUCGGUUUCCAAAAAUGCCGAUGAAAGGGAAACAUGCUAAGACCAGUCACUUUGGAGGUACUUCUAGCAAGAAGAAGGGUGCGGUCGGCAAACACGGCUACAACUACAACAACCUUCAUCUUAUGUUGACCAAGGGAAUGAAAAGUACCUCGCCACAGGAAAAAGGAGGACCAGGGCCAGGAUCUCCAUCACAACAAGGAGGACCAGGACCAGGAUCUCCAUCACAAUCACAAGUCUAUCAGCGAGGACCACCGAAAGGACGAGCACAGUUCGGCAAGUCUCCUGGACGGCCGCCGCCAUUCUUGGGUGGAGGACUAGUACAAAAGGGAGGUCAUGGGAGACUCGUUGGGAAAGGUGAUCCAAAUCCAAUGUUCCAACCUGAACCCGAUGCAAACCCUGUUCCUGACCAGUGAUCUGCAAGAAGUAGGAGAAGUUAAUUGUAGAAGUGACUAGAAGACAUGUCGUGACACUUAUUUGAUGUAGCUGUAGGUGUAGUACAGAAUCAGAAAUGGAAGCUUCUUCUAGCAGCAAAGUUAAGGUUCUUUGAGGUGGUAGUACCAGAAUCUCCUACGUCUUAUGCAUGCAACAAAAAACUUCGCCAGUAUAAUCGAUAGACUCGUCCUCCAGUUGUAUAACUAUAAUCGAAAGAGGACGCCAGGAUAAUCGAAAGUGAUGCACCUGAACAGAACUGUAUUUUUUGUAAGAAGAUGAGCAAGAAGAUAGCAGGUUUCUCUGUGUAUAGACCACGGUUGGUGCAGCGUAGUACCUAGUGAGAAAAGACUAGUGCAAGUGAUGCAAGUACUAGUUUAGUGUAGUUGUAGUCCUAAUCGAUAAAAUCAUGGAGUCGACAACUUUUGAUGUAUGCAUAGUAAUUUCAUGAUCAUGUUUGAGGAUUCGUUUUCUGUUUCGACAGAGGUGGACGAGCGAGCGACUGCGACAUUGUUGCAUGCAUUCAAUGUACUACCAAGAUUUUCCAAGCUACGCUGCCGCAGCUUUCUGCGCGGUCACGGACGUCGGAAUAAAAACAUGUUUUCCACACCUGCCGACCAUUGAUCGCAAGAUCAUACAACUCUGGCAAGUGGCGAUGGGGUGGUGGGAAAAAAUAAGGCUGCUUCACAUACGGACUGUGGAUGGACUCAAUUCCUGCUAUCUUAUCUCCCUUAUGGAAAUAGUUCGUUCUGCUCAUGAAGUCGUGUAUGACUGUGCAAGUAUAGUAAGGCACUUCUGUCCCUUAUACUCUGUUCGCUAACGAGUGAGAACGAGCAACAAACACGGAACACCAUGGAGGUGCUGACGAGGGACAUGCAUUAACUAAAUUGGCACGCGCCUGAAUCACCACAAAGCUCCAUACAAUGAAAUGCUUCGCAGAGGCCUAAUGAGUCACUUACUUGAAUCAAU